AUGCGAAAGCGGCAUUCGAUGUUUUACGAGGGUGUCGCCCACAAAUCAGCUGGACAAGAAGACGGACAUGCGCACUUCAUCAGUGUUCUGGAAGAGGUGCAAGAUAUUUUGCGGCCCAACAUGCCGGCAGUACCUGUCACACUACAGGGCUCAGGUGAUAUGCCUGUAAAGAACGCAGUGGCAAGCAUCUUCCAACAUCUUCCGCUCGAAGAAGUUUCAGACAGCGCCGAGCCGCAGAAAAGUGUCCGGGAGACCCCAACUGUUCCCAAGAAAUUCACCAGCGAUCUCGGCGAGAGCGAUGAGGAAGCGAUGAUCGCCGCAGCGUACUUCUAUUGCGAUCUACAUAGAAUCAGACAAUCUAUUAACGAUCUCUGGUGGCAAUAUGAGCGGGGCGAGAUGGAUCUGAUGUCAGUUUCGCUCACUACUAAUACGUCGAUCGACUUGGUCCGGAACCUUUACCAGGAGUUUGAGGCCGAAUUUGGGACGCGUUCCCGAUUGAAGGAUGUCUCCUGUCUUCUCUGCGCCAUGCGACAGGCUUCUGAGCAUGAAAAUGAUGUCCGCCAAUUCGGAACGUACUACGUACCUAUUGUUGCCCCGGAACACAUGAAAUUCAGGCCAGGACAAAGCCUUGACCCGACGACGCCGGCGGACGACGUGGAGAAUGUCCAAGCUCUCCGGGGUAUCAUGAGCGUACUUCCUGAAUAUCUCGUGCUGCUCGAGAAGACCGAUGGAAUAGAAGCAGAGCAUAACAUCGUUCGCGGCCUCAGGGACUCAAUACAACAAAGGUCCGUGCCGCCAUGGCUGGCGUUUGCGCUGCAGCUUCACUUGGACGUGCGCCGUAUCCUGCGCACAAGAGUCUAUCGAGGUUUUUUGGAGCUCCAAACUGGUGGAUCGUAUAUCCUAAGUACCAUCGAAAGGGUAUCAGGCGCUGGUGCACUACCUGGCUCGUGGCGAUCCUCUAAUAGUAAGGAUAAGGAUUUAAUGGCGAUCCAUGAUUUCGUGCACAAUUGGACCCGUGCCGAUUUUGUCGCCAGCAUAAGACGAAAAGUGUACGCAGAUGACGCUCCUUCUGAUUCAUACCCAGACCACUAUCUCCUCCGAAGAGAUCCGCCCUUGUGCGGACUUGUCCUUUACAAUUUCCAAAUCAGGAUGCAUCACUACUCAAUAAUGACAGUCAAUCUUUGGCCCUGUAUCAAGGCUACGGUCCAUCUUUACAAUUGCUUGAAGCAGAACGUUCUUAAAGGGCGUUUUUGGCCUGAUCUUGAAGUGCUUCUUGCGACUCAGGGUCAACGGAACAUUUUCGUCGGCGAAGCUCCCAAGAACAUGGAAGCUUGCGAGAAGAACUAUUGGCUGGCAAAUGGUGGCUCCAUAGCAGCUUUGCAAUCGAACCGGAAAAUCCCACAAAGUAUGAAAAAAAAGGGAAAGAACCUUGAGAUAUUGGUGAAGACACUUUGGUGGUUCACGCAUCGUUACUGCAACAACAACAACCGCUUCAACGUGACGCCAGACGGGCUCGAGAAGACUCUGCGCGCGAGCUCACCAGACGGUGUCGCAAAGUCCAAUACCGGGGAAGAUUUGGACGCGAGAGAAGUUCUGCUUGCACUGGCGGACACGCUUCGUCGCGAGGUCAAGAUGAUGGAUUUCGACUAUUUCCAACUGCAUCUCGUCUGCCUGGAUACCAUGCGGUAUCAGGCCAAAUGGCUUGGACCCAAAGUUCCUGCUUGGAAAGCAGACGAAUCGUUUCUGAAACGAUGGACGAACAAGGAAUGCUUCGCGGCGAAUACUAUUCCUGUCCCUGAUGCAGCAAGCGACUUCAAAUCCGAUCGCAAUCCCGACCAUGGGACACGUGUUUAUGUAGCAAUUGUUCCGCCACUGUACGUCCGUGCCGGAUCUAAACGAGGACUCUCUAGAUCGAACCAGUUAUCACCAUCAGAGGCUAUCCGCCCAGAGCGCGUUCCGCCUUCUGAUCUCCAAAUAUAG